CUUGGAACAUCGUGCAGAUGUCCCGACAAUUAUGGUUCGUCCAAUGUGAUGCUAUCUAUGCGAUCGUAUCCGAAGUAUCGGUAACCCAUCUUUCAUCUCUCAUAGGCUGCAGGUCAUUCGCACGCUCUGAAUAGACGUCGCUGAGACUCUGCUGGUGUUACAUAAUUCUUUCUCAGCAGCCUUGCUUCCGCGGUACAAGGAGAAGAUCAUUGGAUCUCUCUUCGGAGAAAUAUUGUUUUAUUUCACUUGUGCUUACUCUCUCUUUGUGUCAUUUCACCCCAAGAUUAGAUUCAGACCUCACUCCAUCCUAACAUGCAGACAGUCGAGGACCACACGGCAAUUCAGCCAGCGAAGACAUGGCAGAGCGUCCGUGAUUCGAAGAAGGCCGAGCAAGCUGCGCGAAUUCCAGCGGAAUGGAAGCUUCAGCAGUCAGAUUAUCCCCCAGCCGGGACAGUGGAUGUUCGACCUGUAGCCAGUACCUGUGGCAUCCUUUCCGAACGAGAGCUGAAGAUUUCAGGCGAAGCCUACGAUGCGACCUCUCUAGCAGCAGCUAUCGCUGAAGGCAUAUAUACAGCAGAAGAAGUUGCUAUUGCUUUCUGCAAACGGGCAGCUAUUGGUCAUCAGUUAUGCAACAAUUUGACUGAGAUCAUGUUCUUGGAUGCAAUCGAGGAUGCGAAGAAGCUAGAUACUUACUUCAAGGAGACAGGCAAGACGGUUGGUCCUUUACAUGGUCUGCCGAUGACUUUUAAGGAAUGUUUCCAUGUCAAAGGAUACGAUGCAUGCAAUGGCUACAUCUCGAGAACCUUUGACCCCUCCACCAAGACCACAUACUCCAUCGAACUCGUAAAGGCGGCAGGGGCAGUCAUAGUCGCGAAAACGAAUGUUCCUCAAACAAUGCUAGUCGCAGAAGCGGACAACAAUGUGUUUGGACAAACCAAGAAUCCAGUGGUACAUCACCUCACAUGCGGAGGAAGCAGUGGUGGAGAAGGUUCAAAUAUGGCGUUUCGGGGAUCUGCCAUUGGUAUUGGGACGGAUGUUGGAGGCUCUAUAAGAGUGCCAUGUGCUGCGAACGGAGUCUAUGGCUUCAAACCAACGUGCGGCGUUCUGCCUUUCUAUGGAUAUGCUGCAUCGGGAUACACAGGAGUUAACACAGGAGUACCGGCAACAUUGGGACCCAUGGCACAAUCUGCUCGAGAUUUGACAUUGUUAACUAAGGUUGUGCGGGAUGCGAAGCCCUGGCUUGUUGACCCCGCAGUGGUUCCGGGAAUCUGGGAGCAAGCCACAGUCUCAAGAAAACCAGUAGUUGGUGUAAUCCACAAGAGCGGUCUCACAUCUCACCCACCAAUCCAACGAGCUGUUCGAGAAGCAGUUGCCAAGCUCCAAGCAGCUGGUUUCGAGGUGAAGGACUUCACCCCACCAGAUUUUGGCGAGAUUCGAAAUGUCACAAAGCAGCUCUUCACGUUAGAUGCUCUCUCCUACCAGAAACGAGAAUUAAAGAAAGCAAACGAGCCAGUGGUCAAAUCGGUGGUGGAUAUAGGGUUCUGGCAACUUCCUCCAAAGACACAAGAAGAAGCCUGGGAAUGGAAUACGAAGAGACUGGGAAUCUGCAAGCAGAUGCUGGACGCGUGGCAAGAGACGAAAGUCGAUGUUGUAUUGUGCCCUACUGGUCCACACACAGCGGUAUUGCCAGGAGAAUGGUCGAAUGAUAUGUACACUGUGGCUUGGAAUGCUGUUGAUUACCCGGCUGUCGUUAUCCCAUUCACGAAGGCUGAUCCAGCGCUCGAUCCCAAAGACGCCAAUUUCGUGCCGAUGAACGAGCUUGAUGUUGUCAAUGAAGCAAAGUAUGAUCCUCAACUCAUGGCCGGCGCACCAGCCGCUCUUCAAAUUGUUGGUCCUAAAUGGGGAGAUGCGCAACUAUUGAAAGAUGUCGAGCUCAUUGAUAGUGUGCUGAAUCCCAAGAGCGACACAGACGCAAGACUGAAGACAGCGCAGUCGAAGUUGUGAUCGGGCAUCCUACUCUUUAGUCCUCUUAAUCUAUGCUCCUAUCUACUAUAAAUUUCUAUUGUAUAUAGAACCACCAAAUAUAUCUUCCAAGCUUCAGC